UUCAUGUGAAGGAGCUAGAUUUCAGGUUAACAGGGCAGCUAAAACCCAAGUUGACUCUCCAUGGAUCUGUCUUACUACCAUGGCCCUCUGUCCAAGCAAGACUGUGAAACCUUGCUGCUCAAGGAAGGGGUAGAUGGCAACUUUCUGAUCAGAGACAGCGAGUCGAUGCCAGGAGUCCUGUGCCUCUGUGUCUCGUUUAAAAAUUUUGUCUACACAUACCGAAUCUUCAGAGAGAAAAAUGGGGAUUACAGGAUCCAGACCGCAGAAAGUGCUCCAAAACAGAUAUUCCCAGACCUAAAGGAAUUAAUAGCAACAUAUGAAAAACCAGGUCAAGGGCUGGUGGUUCACCUUUUAAACCCAAUAAAGAGAACCAGCUUCUGCCCAAGAUGGAGAAGGUCACGACAACAGAACAGCAAUAUCUACGUGAACAGUGACAGUGAUUAUGUGGAUGUCUUGCCUUGACAAUAAGGAGACAGGACAAAGCAAGUUAGAGAAGAGCUGGGCAUACUCGCACUGGUGGCCACUUCUGCAGGUGUAAAUCUGCAAUGCCAAAUUCUACUGGACAAUGGAGACCCACAUGGUCUGCGUAACUGAAGGCCUUCUGUCCAGGAGCACCAAGGAAGUCACUCCCCACAGCUCUGCCUUCCUGGCAUACCACGAGAAGUUUCAAAGCCUCUCUUCUUUCUUGGAAUGGGACAGACUGAACCUGUUCUCCCAGACUUGUUAAAGCCACCACCACUAUAUCAUGGUUGACAACCUCCUUCCAACAGGACAAUCAG